AUGGCCUUUCUCGACUGUAAAAGAACCAGGUGCUAUCUCCUCCAGAACUGUACACUUUUGGCUUUGAUUGGGCUUUUUGGUGUUAUGAUAACAAAAUACAUCUCCAAUCAAUGUGAUAUGGCGGACAUCCAAGAUGAAUCAGGCAGUUCCAGGAGCCUGUCCUGCAAGGAUCAUUUAUACAAACAAAUCAGCCUGAGAGCUAAUAACGCAGGUAAGGCAAAUUGCACCAGAAUUACUAAGGGGGAUUUAAAGGCCAUUGAUGAAGGAUUAAAACUUAAUAAAGAGAUCACAGAUCCUCAGUUUCAUUUUAAUGAAAGCAGUUACAUAAACAUGACUAAAGACUGCAGUAACUUUAAGAAAUCUAGAAAAUAUAUGAAAUUUCCCACAAGCAGAGAAGAAAAGAACUUCCCCAUUGCCUAUUCUAUGGUUAUACACGAAAAGAUUGAGAUGUUCGAAAGGCUGCUGCGAACAAUUUAUGCCCCUCAGAACAUUUACUGUGUUCAUGUGGAUGAAAAAUCGCCGGCUGCAUUUAAGAAGGCAGUGAUCGCCAUUACCUCUUGCUUUGAUAAUGUAUUUAUUGCAUCCAAGUUGGUCAGUGUGGUCUAUGCUGCCUGGCCAAGAGUCCAAGCAGACCUGAACUGUAUGGAGGAUUUGCUGCAGAGCAAUGUAUUGUGGAAAUACCUUUUAAAUACGUGUGGCACAGACUUCCCAUUAAAGACCAAUGCUGAAAUUGUGAGAACCCUCAAAUCUUUAAAUGGAAAGAACAGUAUGGAGUCUGAGAAGCCAUCAUCAUCUAAACAGUCACGCUGGGAAUUUCAUCAUGAAGUGCGAGAUUAUAUAUCAAAGACAGAAACUAAGAAAUCCCCACCACCGAUUGACAGUCCAAUGUUUACAGGGAAUGCGUACAUUGUGGUUUGUCGAAAUUUUGUUGAACAUAUUUUUGAAAAUGAAAAAGCAUUGACCUUGAUAGAGUGGGUCAAGGAUACAUACAGCCCAGAUGAACAUUUAUGGGCUACUCUUAAUAGAAUGCCUGGAGUACCAGGGUCCUCUCCUUACAGUGAUAAAUAUGAAAAAUCAGAUAUGAAUGCUUUUGCCAGAAUGGUAAAGUGGCAGUACAUGGAAGGGGACAUUGAAAAAGGAGCCCCUUAUCCCCCAUGCACAGGUACACACAGGAGGGCAAUUUGUGUGUAUGGUACUGGGGAUCUAUAUUGGUUGCUGGAACAGCAUCAUGUGUUGGCCAACAAGUUUGAUCCUAACGUCGACGACAUUGCUCUUCAAUGCCUCGAAGAAUAUUUACGAUACAAAACUGUUUAUGGAAAAGGACUUUAAUGUAAGGGGAGCUUUAGAGAUAAUAGAUCUGUAUAUGAAUAUAACUGUACUAAAAUUGCAUAGCUGAUAGUCUAUGUUCAUAAAUCAUUAACAUGUAUGAAAACUGUUAUCUAAGUCAAGUGAUACUGCACUACAUCUUUCCCCUUUUGUUAAUAAUAUUUUUGCAUAGGUUUUAAUAAUCAUUUAUGUUAUAUAAAUUCCCGGUAAUUGAAUAUGAGUAUAGGUAAGUUCCUGAUCCGACAUUCUUUGGGGGUUAUGUCUCAUGAAAUUGUCAGUAGAAUCAUCCAUUUGUUAAAUAUUAUGUGUACUGGGGAUUGUGGUUAAUAUGGGGGAAGAAACUGUGGUCCAUUUUGUGGCACCUGAUAAAAACAAGUGCUGCUAUUUCACUUAAGGGAAGAUCUAUCACAUACCAAACUGCAAAUUUUGCAGGACUCUUAGCCAUUCAAUCUAAGAAAUAAUUUUCCAAAAGCAAU